AUGGAGCAUGAACAAGCGGAAAGAAAACGAACCAAUGUUCAAGUUGAUGCAAGAAAAAAAGAUGAUUAUACAUCACUUCCGGAGGGGACUGAUCUAAUUCAACAAAAAGAACGAAAGAGUUUGAGUAAUGGAGCUAUCCGAAAAUCAUUCGGCAUCUAUGAGAGGAAUACGGCCGACAAAUUAGCCGCUAGGAUGUUCUACGCAUCAGGUUUAUCAUUCAACUUUGCCAGCUCUCCUUAUUUUACAAAAUAUUCUAAGUUUCUAGCCGAAAAUUCCAUUCCCGGUUAUAUUCCCCCAUCAUAUAAUAGAUUGAGGUCAACUCUUUUAGCUCAAGAAAAAACACAUAUUGAUAGAAAGUUGCAACCAAUAAAAGGUACAUGGAAAAAGAAAGGAUUGUCGAUUUGUUCGGAUGGAUGGUCCGAUACUAAAAGACGACCUUUGAUCAAUAUAAUGACAUCAUCUAGUGGAGGCCCAAUUUUUUUGAUUUCAAUCAAUUCUAGUGGAAUCAUAAAAGAUGGUGAAUAUAUUGCUAACUUAUUUAUUGAAGCAACAGAAAAUGUAGGUUCAAACAAGUUGUUCAAGUUAUUACGGAUAAUGCAAGUUGGUGAAACAAGAUUUGCCUCACACAUCAUUAUGACCACCCGAAUUCGCAAAGUAAAAUCUUCUUUGGAGAAAAUGGUCAUGGAUGAUGAAUGGAAGAAUUAUAAGGGGGAUAAGGGAAUUGAAGCCAAGACACGUGAAAUAAAAUCGCUUAUAAUGAAUGAUGAAAAAUGGGAUAGUAUCGACUAUUUCUUGAAAUUUACGGAACCAAUUGUUGAUAUGCUAAAAAGUGCCGAUAUUGAUGGUCCAAAGUUACAUCUCAUUUAUGAUAUGUGGGACUCAAUGAUUGAGAAAGUCAAGAAAGUCAUCUUUGAGCAUGAGGAAAAAGAUCUCAUUUACGGUCAAUCAAAUUUUUUUGAUACUAUUCAUGAUAUUCUUGUGGCUAGGUAG